UUGAACUUAGCAUUUUGCACUGCAUACAUGUUGCAUUAUUACUAACAUGGUGAAUUGUUUAAAGAAAAAACUCCAAACAAGUAAGUUAUCUUUUGAUAUGUCUGUACAUUCCUAGUCACAAAGUUAUUUUCCCAUACCCUUUCUAUGCAAGCUGUGAUACGGAGUUUACCAGCUUGAAUUUAAAUUCCUACUUCCUAUAAACUCUUCACUCGACACUGUCCAUGCAUUGCAGUGUGGCGUAGUGUGUGUUUUCUUUGUUACUGUGCAAUGUCUGGCAGAACAAGCAAGAACACUUGGUGGCUGAAGCAAGCACCAGAUUGUGGAGAAGAGAUACUGAAGAUUAGAUUGUGAGAAAAGUGCACCGGGAGCUGUAAGUUCAUGAUGUAUGCCAUCCCGACAGUGGGGAGCCUUCACUAGUUGGCGACAGAGCGCCCACACUCCAGUAUCCCACCCAGCAACACUCAAGUGAGAGUGGUGAAAAAUGACUGCUCAACACGUCCUUCAGAAUCUGCUAUGCCAGAAGAAUCAAGAGGUUACCGUCCUGCUGGGAAGCGUCAAGGAUCUCGAGAAACGGCUGGCCGCAGCGAAUCAGCAACUGUGUGCCGAACAACACAGAGUCAGGGAACUGGGCAAAGCCUUGGAUGAGUAUGAGAAAACCAUGGCUUGCCUGUGCGCUGAGAAAGAGCAGAGGCAGCGUACCAUGGAGCAGAAAGUUCAUGCAAUCGCCAGAGAGAGGGACCAACAGCUCAAGCAUCUACAAACUCAAGAACUUGUUUUUGCAGAUCUCCACAGGAAAUACGAGAAAUGCAAAGCAGUGGUGGACGGGCUGCGGAAGAAUGAAGCUUGCUUGAAGGAGAGCUUGGACGAGUGUUCACGUCACAUAGACGCACAGAAUCGUCAGUACAAACAGCUGAGGGAACACGUGGCCGAGCAGCUUGAGGGCGCGAACAUUGAGCUGGAGGCGCUGCGACGAGCGCACGCGGCAGAGAUGGCCCAGCUGACGGGCCGGCUGAAGAGGGCGGACGUCCGGGUCAAGUGCCUCGAGCAGAACCUGGCCUUGAGGACCAAGGAGAACGAGGAGCUGUCGCACAUCUGCGACCAGCUCAUCGCCCAAACCGGCUCUGGCAACGCUUGCUAGGAGGCCGGCCCCUCCUCACCGAAGCCAGGGCCUUGGUCAUGUACUGUUCGAAAAUUAAAGCCAGCGGUAUCUCAAGCAUU